GACAAUUUCAACAUUGAAGACUUUUCCAGAUUGACUGAACCCCAAGACAUAUUUGACUCUCAUCACAGCUUGGCUUUGCUUCAGCAUGCGUCGCCUAGAAAAAACACACUUCUCUAUGCAGAAACCUGCAAAUCCUUGACAAGGUUUGAGUCUAAGAAUGGCACAAAGAAGCCCACACUGGGCAUCUAGUACUGGUUGGGACAACUCGCAAACGAUCACUGCGCUGUGCCUGAAUGAACACUUGGGAGCCAGCGUUACACAGACGGUAUCCACUUCCAGGCACCGAUUCACCCACAGAAGUGAACAAAGAGUGGUCGUUGUAGAGAAUUUCAGGGGCACAUGUGCAAAGACUAUUAAACUGACACCAAGGCAAACGUGACAAUGGCAGAAUCUCCAGACUCAGUAUCCUCGCUACUAUCAUGUCGUUUAUCGGCUUAGUUCUCUUUAUCUGCUACCUCUACCUUACCGGUACUGUUUUCUUCGAUGGAAUGCACUAUCUGCUCCAUCGCUGGGCACGCU